AUAAUCCCAGAGCUGACCCAGAAAAGUAACUCCGGUGACGGUGACACGUACUAGAAACUCAUCUCGCUCGCUCCACAGUGCACUAAUUCGAUGAAAUACAUGUACCUGGAGCAUCGCCUUUGGAAGUAAAGACGGAAAUCCAAUACCAGAAGCAGAACUCAGUAGAACUUCAGAGCAAGGACAAUUAGCUGGGUGACAGAGAAGCCAUGGCAGACCACAUGAUGAUGCCCAUGUCCCACGGCCCUGCAACGGCCCUCCACGGCUACAGGAUGGGUGGUAUGGGCGGCCCUCCUCAGCACGCCGUGCCCCAGCCUGGCCUCCGCACCCUCCCCAACGGCCAGGUCAUGCACUACGGCAGAGUUCCGCAGACCUCCAUGGAGGCCGCCAUGAGGCAGCGGCCCGGACUGGGGAUGGUGGGGCCGGCUGGGAUGAACGGUCAGGUGAACAGCCAGGUCAACGGGGCUCAGAUGGGAGGACACCACCACCAGAUGAACCAGAUGAUGUAUAACCAACAGCAUCAACAGCAACAGCAACAGCAACAGCAACAGCAACAACAACAACAACAACAACAGCAGCAGCACCACAUGCAACAGCCCCAGCACCCCCAGCAACAGUACCACCCCAGUGGGCUCACCUCCCAGCAGCUCAUGGCCUCCAUGCACCUCCAGAAACUCAACACCCAAUACCAUGGACAUCCACUGGGGCCGGUCCAGGGCCAUCACAUGGCCAACGGGGCCCAGUACAGAGUAGGGCCGGGUCAGCUGGCCAGCAUGCAGCACAUGGGUCAGGGUGGGCCAGGUAUGGUGCUGGGACAGAAUAUGGACAUAGACCUCAUAGAUGAGGAGGUUCUGACAGCACUGGUGUUGGAGCUGGGUCUGGACCGGGUUCAGGAGCUCCCGGAACUGUUCCUAUGUCAGAACGAGUUUGACUUCAUCCCUGACUUUGUUUCUAUGAAACAGCAGCCGAGCACCGUGAGCUGCUGAGAGAUACACAACAGCCAGAUCAAGAAAGACGCUGUAAAAACAGGCCGGCGCCCAGAGAAAGACUGAACCACAAACUAGACUAGCCACAGCAGCACAUACAAGAGGAUACAGACUAUCUCUCUGUUCUGUGUGAGUUUAGGCUAUCUGUCUGUGACCAUGUAUAUUAGGCCUACAGAACACACUGACCUACUUGUGAAUAGUAGGCCUACUAGGCCUACCUGUUUUUAAGAUGAAUUGUAAGGACAGAAAGAAAGGAGGAAUAACAAAAACUUGCUCUGCAUCAGGCUGGCAUGAGAUCUGAGCUCAGUCAGCCCAGCCACAGGUUGGCGCUCUCUCUGACGCAGUGGCCUCUGUCUAAUCUGUACUGCCUUCCGUCCUGCCUCUGGGCUGCCACCCAUGUCAUAGUGUACUGUGUGUGCUGAGUUCUGUGGGAUGAUUGUAGACUCAUUCAGCAGGACGGGAAGACGAGACAGACAAGCUGAGACAAUACAAAGAAAGACUAUCUUGCUUCACCUGGGACUACUAGAUUCGAUCUAUGGCUUAUAGAAAUGUAUUUAUUUAUGAAUUCACCCCACCAAGUAGUUAGCGGACAUUUGACAAAUUGAGUUGUUAAAGAAGUUGGUCGUCUGAUUAUGAAUUAGGCUGUUGGGGGGGAAAGAGUUGUUCAAAAAGAUGCCUAACUAUAUUGUGUGUAUGUUGAAGGCUGGUUCUUCAAAACAGGCUUGGAGGAUUUCUUCCUCGUUACCUUAACAUUUCCUUUAGUAAGAGCCUGGGGUUAGGUUUUGUUGGGUGGAUGGGGUUAGUCUCUGAUUGGUUGGGAGUUAACUGUGUUAGCCUGGGGGUCUGGUUCCUCUUCCUAACAUCAUCUGAUGACAUCAUCAGAACAACAUUCUAUUUAUCAUUAGGCUGCAGUUAUACAGAGCAAUUUUCACGCAACUUUGGUAGCAUGCAACUGAGUUGCUUCUUGAUCGCUUUGUGAAACACCCUCUGCAAAUAAUAAGCAACUCAGUUGUAUCCAGUUGCAACGUUUCAACUUUUUCUACUUGUUGCAAGCAACAGCCAAUCAAAACAAAUGCUUUUGUCACAUGAUCCAUUUGAAGGUUCAGAACUUUGAGCCACUUGUCAUGUCAACAACACAUCUGUCAGUGCUACGGGAACUGUGAUCAAGGUAGACAGAAGAGACAUUUGCCAAACGGUAGCUGUGUAAUUAAAUAUUGGCAUCGGGGCUAGUUAAGGUUUAUGUACAUGCUUUGGCAGUCAAUACAUGUAUUUUUUUAAGUGAACCCAGACCUCUUGGACACGUUUCAACUGAUAUUUUGUUUCCGCAUGAACUGCACUAGCUCGCUAGUUAGCUUAGUUUGUUGCUAGCUUGGUUAGCUCGUUGCUGGCUAACUUGAUAAAACAGUGCUGGCAAUUUCAUUUUGGCAAGAUAAUUAAAAUGUACUGCCAGCAUUUUGGCUAAAUCAAUCUUUAUACAAUAAGCAAAUGGUUGGAUAAACUAAUAAUUUAUGAAAUCCAGAUGUAAUGCAGCAGAUGACAUUGGGUGAGUUUAGAAUUCUCAAACCAUAUUGAAUGAUAAAACAAAAGCAGCUUCAAUUUGAUUGGCUGUUGCAUACAAUUUAAAUUGCAUUUGAGUUGCUUUGUGUAUCAGCCAAGUUGCUUGAAAUGAUGUCUCUUGCAACCUGCAACUGCAAAUAAAGUUGUGUGUAAGUUGCUUUGUGUAACUCCACCUUAAAAACGUACGUUUCCUUGAA